AUGAAGCGUUUGUUGGACAGCGCGAAGCAUCUUCUUAGAGGUGGGAGCCUGGGGUAUCUAGCAUCUGGUGAGCCUUACCACCCCUUUGGAGAAGACUUUGGACUAACUGUUUUCCCCGAUUAUAUUCAGCUGAGGGAAAAAUUGGCACUACGGAGUGGUUACGUAGAUGUGUAUACCCAGCGCUCAGCAUCGAUUAAGCUCAGUGAUGGACGGUUUCAGCUGCCGCCACUACCGAAGCAUUCGUUUCUUCCGCUUGUCGAGCGCCUGGAACAGGAUGGGAUUGUGCCGCGCGGGUGGCUGAAUAACCAAACAGCAAAUCUUUACGAGCCAGAGGACUUUAUUAGGGCACAUAUCGAUAAUCUCUUCGUAUAUGAUGAUAUAUUCGCCGUAAUAUCUCUUGGCGCAAACGCUCUUUUGAGGUUUGUACACGUGCAGAAUGGCGAAGAAUUGGAUGUAGUAAUACCAGACGGAAGUGUUUACAUUAUGUCCGGUCCAUCUCGGUAUGUCUACUUCCACAUGGUUCUUCCAGUUGAGGCCCAACGAGUGAGCAUUGUGUUCAGGCGUUCUAUUUUGAACUCUGAUGGAGGAUUUCGUCCUGUGUCUACACCAUUGGGGGAUCUAAUGCCUUACAGGUCAACUCAAAUAUUGAACACGUUGUACGCAAAGCAGAUAGGAGGUGUUCGCGUAGCAGUUGACGACAAAUACCUGGAAAAGGAGGAAAUUGGGGCCUUUGACACUGGGAAGUGGGUUAAGGGCCUACACCCGUUGCGGGACUGGACAUUGUUAUCACAGCUGGAUGAGGACGAGGCCCGAGUUCUGGAGUUGCGGGAGAAGCGCUACCUAGACGUGGACCUCAGUUGGAGGUUCACGGAGUUGAGGAAGCGAUACAAGGAACUGGAGGACAUGUUGCGUGUUUAG